AUGACUGCGCUCCAGAAAGGCGACAAUUUCCCCAGUGGUGUUACCUUUGACUACAUACCGCAUACCAACGACAAGACCAGUAUUAAUACCUGUGGUGUUCCAAUUAAAUAUGAUGCUUCGAAAGAGUUCGCGAGCAAGAAGAUUAUUCUGGUCUCUGUACCGGGUGCCUUCACCGGAACCUGUUCUGAAAAGCAUCUUCCGGGCUACAUUACCAACCUGACCAGAUUCAAAGAAAAGGGCGUCGACCAGAUUGCCGUUAUUGCCUACAACGAUGCCUACGUAAUGAGCGCGUGGGGCAAAGCCCAAGGAGUGCAAAACGACGACAUUAUUUUUCUUUCCGAUACAAAUGUCAGCUUCUCCAAGAACCUGGGUUGGCUGAAGGGGGAGCGGACUGCCCGAUACGCUCUCAUUGUUGAUCAUGGCAAAGUCGUGUAUGCCGAGAAGGAGCCUGCCCGUGAGGUGACAGUCUCCUCGGCCGACGCAGUGUUGGCAGAGCUCGCAUAA